CUCUCCUCUUACAAUGAAAUGAGACGAAACCCAUAUCAUCCAUCUCAUCUCAUCUCUUAAUCUCUCAAUCAGCACUCUGUCUAGAGAUCUCUAUUCCUCCCUCUGACAUUGUCUGUGUACAAUCACCCAGAGAACUUACCUGGCCAACAACGGCGUUCCCCGCAACACAACUUCGCGACCACCAACACUUCUACAAGUGUUCCAGAAACAGUCAAUAACACAACCAGGAAGGAUGCCUGAUGUCAAACGCACUGUCAAGCUCAUUACGGAGCAGGCCCCGACGGAGAAAUCCUCUGAAUUUGACGGCUUGCCGGUCCGUCGGUGGUCCGUUGAAGUUUAUCUCCUGAACGAGCAUGGAGAACAGGUUCCUGCGACGCUUUUUAGUGAAGUGACUUAUACUCUUCACCCGAGUUUCGAAGACAGAGCUGUCCAAACUUUCAAGGCUCCGCCUUUCAGAAUUGAAGAAGAGGGAUGGGGAGAGUUUGACAUGUCCAUUCGGCUUCUUGCGCCGGACAAGGAACAUGUUAUCGCUCAUGACUUGAACUUCCAACAGAAUAGAUACGAGUCGAAGCACGUUCUUACGUUUAAGAACCCUAAGCCGGCUGUCCUCGCUGCCCUACGCGAAUUUGGUCCCGUCCCAGGAGAUGAAAAUGGUCUGAAGUCGAAGCGUGGCCAGGAUGAUAACUCAAAGAAAAAGAAACGCGUCGAUAAGAAUAUUGAUAUGGAGAGGCUUGCCGAUGGUUUACAGAAGCUUGGAGAGGAUGAUCUUCUUCAAGUUGUUCAGAUGGUUCAUGAUCAUAAGUCACCAGAUUCAUAUACAAAGAAUGAUAUUGAACAGGGUGAAUUCCAUGUCGACCUGUAUACCCUGCCCGACAGCCUUAUCAAGAUGCUCUGGGAUUUCUCUCAGGAAAAGGGAGUUGUGUGAGCGAAUAAGCUUGCACCCCCUAUUUUAAAUUAAUAUGCUAAAAUCGAAAUUCAUUGGGAGAUAACCAGCAUUGUUAAAUA